AUGAAUUUUGGAAAUUUUGAUGAAUUUGGAAAUCCUAUAGGAAAUAUUGAUUCAUCAGAAGAUGAAAGCGAAGUUGAUCAGGCACCAGAUCCUGUUAAUCCUCAGGCCUCAAAUUACGUUCUUCCUGAUGAUAAAAAAUAUUUUCCUUCUGAAAAAGAUGUUUACAAGCCAUAUACAGAAGUUAAACAUGAAGACGAAGAUAGGGAGGACUAUACCAAGCCAAUUAUUGCACCAGAUACAAAAAGAAAAAUUUCAUUAGAUUUAAAUCCUUCAGAAAUCCCUCAAACAACAUAUUCAUCAGAGUUUUUAAUUGAUCUACUCAAAAAUACAGCCUCAAUUAGAAAUGUUGCCUUCGUUGGUGCUCUUGGCCAUGGAAAAACUGGAUUAAUCGACUGUCUAGUCAAAGAAACUCAUCCAGACAUUGUAGAAAAAGAAUUAACGAAACACGAUAUUACAAACCAAGUUGUAGGCGAAGGCAGAAGACUUGACAGACUCGCAUGGACAGAUCGUCUUUAUUUAGAGAAGCGUAGACAAUUAUCAAUCACAACAGAAGUAAUGACACUUAUAGAGCCAGAUCUUGACGGAAAAUCAUACGCAUUGAACCUAAUUGACACUCCAGGACAUCCAGAUUUUAUUGGACAGGUAGAAUGCGGCUUGGACAUGGCUGACGGUGUUGCUUUCUGUGUGGACAUAAUGGAAGGCUUAAUUGGCUGCGGAAAACGACUUUUGGAGCUUGUAAUUUCGAGAAAUCUUCCAAUAAUCUUAGUUAUUACGAAAAUUGAUCGAGCAAUACUUGAAGCAAAGUAUUCUCCAGAUCUUAUGCAGAGAAAGAUCAAUCUUAUCGUAGAAAAAGUCAACCAAACCCUAAAAAUUCAUGGUUCAAAACAAAAAAUUUCUCCAGAUUUGAAUAACGUCAUUUUCACAGCUUCCCAGUACAAUCUCUGCUUUACAUGCUACUCUAUUGGCCUCAUGUACAUGCGCAAACCGCAAGCCGAAGCAUUUUCCCAUAGAAUGUGGGGUAAAUUUAAAGUAAAUCCCCAAACAACCGAAAUCUGGCAUGAAAAUGCACUUCCUAGUGAUGUAGAUCCCGAUGAUCUUCCUCAUCCAUUCGAAUACUACAUUUUAGGACCACUUUACAAAGCAUUUUGCGAAGUAAUUUCGGAAGAACCAGAUGUUUGGUCGAAAACACUUAAAAUCAAACUUUCCGCUAAAGAAAAACAAAUGAACACGAUUCCUCUUCUUAGAAUUGCUCUUUCGAGGAUUUUUGGCACAUUUUCAUCUUUAAUUCAUUCAAUUUCGGUUCAUCUUCCUUCUCCUGUUGACAGAUCGUUUGGCAAUGCUCAGAUUGUUGCCAGAGUAGCAAAGUUCAGUACAGAUUCCACAGGAACAGUCAUCAGAGCUUAUGCCAGAGUUUUCAAAGGAAAUUUGGAACCAGGACAAAAAUUAUACGCCUUAGGACAGAAAUUCGAUGACGACAGGACCAAAGUACAGAACGUAACAAUAGGAGAGACCUUUAUCUCCCACACAAGAUACGCAACUCCUUGUCCAGAAGCAACUCAGGGAAUGAUUGUUUUAAUUGAGGGGAUUACACCAGAAUUAGAAGGGGUCUGCACACUUACCGAGCUUAUGGAGUCUGGUCUUACACCAAUACACGUACCAGAGAGUCUCAUGAAGGUCUCUGUCGAGGCCUUGAACCAGAACGACCAUCAAGAAAUGGUUAGAAGCUUAACUGUUGCGAGAUUAGUUUAUUUCGGGUUGCAAAUCGAGCCAUCGAUAUCGGGACCUGGUGAAUUGUUCCUUGAUUGUGUCUUAAAUGAUGUAAGAAACUGUUUCGCGUCAAUAGAAGUCAAAGUUUCCGAUCCUUUCGUCUCAUUUUGUGAAACAGUUAAUCAUAAAAGUGUCACAAUUUGUGAGUCACCAAUUGACGAAUCUUCUUCGAUCGGACUUACAGCGGAACCUUUAACAACUAAUGUAAUGUAUGAUCUAACAAAUGGAGCAUUGGUUGACGACACAAGUAAGAAACUACAAAAUAAUGGAUGGUCUGAAUAUCAAAGUGAAAACGUCAUCUCUUUUGGACCUGACAAAAUUAGAGGACCAAAUAUUUUGGUUGACGAAACACUCGGAACUUCCAAAGUUCUUGACCAGAUAAAGCCAUUAUUAGUUAGUGGUUUCCUUUGGUCAUCAAGCGAAGGACCUCUUUGCGAAGAACCAAUUCGCGGAGUUUUGUUUAAACUUUGUUCAUUGAAUUGCGAAGAAAACGCGAGAAUUCCAAUGGUGAAGAUCUUCCCAGCGCUUAGAAAGGCUGUUUAUGCAUCGAUGCUUGCAGCAACACCAAGACUCAUGGAGCCAUACUAUCAUUGCGAAAUAUAUAUAAGUGGAGAAGCAGAAAGAGAAAUCGCAAUGACAAUUUUAGAAAAAAGAAGAGGAAAAAUACAAGGAAAAGAUGAAGUUUUGGAUGGAACUCCUUAUAUAAUUAUUAAAGCUGAUGUUCCUUUAAUUGAUAUGUUUGGUAUGGAAGUGGAUAUCAGAGCAAGAACAAAUGGAAAUGCUUACGUUCUUUCUUGGUUCAGUGAAUGGAGAAUUGUUGAAUCAAAUCCUCUCGACAACUCUGUUUCUUUGAUGCCUUUGAGACCAGCACCUCUUUCUUACUUGGGAAGAGAUUUCGUGCUCAAGACAAGAAGGAAGAAAGGAAUGUCAGAGGAUGUCGAUUUAUCAAAGUUCUGUUCUCCGGAAUUGUUGAUAGAAAUUGCUUCAUUAACUGGUCAAUAA